GAUGUCUUAUAAAGUUUCAAAUUUGAGUUUUUCAAAUGAAAUUAUGACUAUAUGAAAGUUAUUCAAAUAUACAACUGAUAAUAAUUUUAAACACAAUCACACAAUACUCAAAGCUCUGAUGAGAAGAACCUUAUACAGAUUUCGCCUCUCUUUCACUGCAACUCAUCCUUCUCUUCCAACAACCUCUUCUAUUCCGUACAAAAAUGGCGGCUGCUCUUCCUCAGGACCCUCAAAUUCGGUGCCAACGUCCAAUUUCAACUCGAAUUCCAGGUGGGUUUUCACCAACUCCUCCUCUCUUCCCCCUCCCGAAUGGGUAGAACCUCUCAAUGAUGUAUCUGAAGUAGUCUCGAGCUCACGAGACCUCGAACCAACUCCAUGGGUUGCCCAUAUUCUUAAUUUAUUAGAUGGGUCUUCGAAUAUGGAACCCAAUUUGAACUCUUUCUGUAAAACAUUCUUGCUUAAACUGUCUCCCAAUUUUGUCGCCUAUGUUCUAAGAUCACCCGAGCUUCGUCAGAAGCCUGAUAUUGCCUUGCGUUUCUUUAAUUGGUCUAAUAAACAAAAGAAGUACUCUCAUAAACUUGAAUGUUAUGUUUGUUUGAUUGAUCUUUUAUCAUCAUGUAAUGAUUUUGAUGCAACUCGGAGUGUUUUUGCUGAGCUCAAAGGAAUGAACUUUCUAAUGACUAUUUCUGCAGCAAAUUCCUUUAUUAAGAGUUUUGGUAAUCUUGGUAUGGUUGAGGAGUUGUUGUGGGUUUGGCGUCAAAUGAAGGAGAAUGGGAUUGAACCAAGUUUGUAUACUUACAAUUUUCUAAUGAAUGGUUUAGUGAAUUCCAUGUUCAUUGAAUCAGCUGAAAGGGUUUUUGAGGUUAUGGAAAAUGGGAAAGUUACACCAGAUAUUGUGACUUAUAAUACUAUCAUUAAAGGGUAUUGUAGAGCUGGGAAUACUCAGAAAGCUUUGGAGAAGUUUCGAGCUAUGGAGGAAAAGAAUUUACAGCCUGAUAAGAUUACUUACAUGAGUUUGAUCCAAGUUUGUUACUCAAAAGAAGAUUUUGAUUCUUGUUUGAGUCUUUACCAGGAAAUGGAAGAGAAGGGAGUAGAAAUUCCACCCCAUGCUUAUAGUCUAGUGAUUAGUGGGUUAUGUAAACUUGGGAAAUGUAUGGAAGGGUAUGUUGUUUUCAAUAAUAUGGUUCAGAAGGGUUGUAGAGCAAAUGUAGCUAUCUAUACAGCUCUGAUUGAUUCUUAUGCAAAAAGUGGGAGCAUGAGAGAGGCAAUAAAUCUCUUUAAGAGAAUGGAAAGUGAUGGUUUUGAACCAGAUGAGGUUACUUAUGGGGUUGUCAUCAGUGGAUUAUGUAAGAAUGGGAGACUAGAGGAAGCUAUGGAGUAUUUUGAGUUUUGUAAAGAUCAGGGAAUGGCGGUAAAUUCGAUGUUUUAUUCUAGUCUGAUUGAUGGUCUUGGAAAGGCAGGGAGAGUAGAUGAAGCUGAAAGGCUUUUUGAAGAGAUGGUUGAUAAGGGAUGCUCAAGGGAUUCAUAUUGCUACAAUGCCCUUAUUGAUGCCUUAGCCAAGUCUGGGAACACUGAUGAUGCAUUAAUCCUCUUUGAGAGAAUGGAAGAUGAGGGUUGUGAUCAGACAGUUUAUACAUACACUAUACUCAUUGAUGGACUUUUUAAGAAGCACAAAAAUGAAGAGGCUUUGAAAUUAUGGAACAUGAUGAUUGACAAGGGUAUUACACCAACUGCAGCAUCAUUCAGGACUCUUUCUAUUGGGCUAUGUUUGUCAGGAAAGGUUGCCAGGGCUUGUAAGAUUUUGGAUGAGUUAGCACCAAUGGGCAUAAUUCCAGAAAGUGCUUUUGAAGAUAUGAUCAACGCAUUGUGCAAAGCUGGUCGUGUCAAGGAGGCUUGCAAAUUGGCUGAUGGCAUUGUCGAUAGGGGUAGAGAAAUACCGGGCAAAAUUCGUACUUGUUUGAUCAAUGCAUUGAGAAAGACAGGAAAUGUGGACUUAGCCAUUAAAUUGAUGCAUAGCAAAAUUGGCAUUGGGUAUGAUCGAAUGGGCAGUGUGAAAAGGCGAGUGAAGUUCCGGCUUCUCUUUGAUAAGUCUUUGUCCUAGAUUGUCAUUGCAAGCAAUUGGUUUUGCAUCAUAAAACAAAUUUAUCAACCUUGUUGAGGAGUAGUGAUGAUGAGAAGGAUAAUCUGUAGAAAACAGAGUGACUGUUGGAGCUUCACAAAUUUGAUAUUCGUUGCUGGCAAACUUGAGAACUGAGGUACUAAUUCUUGUUUAUGUAGCUUGAGUGACUUGAUAAUAUAAUUCUCAAUUUGCUUCUUAGGCUAUUGCCCUCAAUCGAUCUUUUCCAUAGGAAUUUGGAACAAGUCUUUUCAUAUGAAUUUUUUUCUUAAAGAUCUACUGGUUAAGAAUAAAAUUAAUUAGGAUUUUUGCUCCCUUAAUUUUACAUGUAUCAAAUUAUGUCACCUGAAUUAUUAAAAUUGUUGGAUUUAAA